AUGCAAUACCAGCACGCCUACCACCUUGAAGACGGCCGUCCAGAAUUUAUUCCCUUCACAGUGCCGCGACUUGGGAAAUUCGACUUCUCCGAAUUUUGGGAGUUCCCGGCUCGGGCGGGCUGGUGCGUGCACCGCCUCGACCGCCACUGUCAUAAAAGCCGCUGUCCGCCUGGAGUCUGUGUGGCGGUCAACACAGGGCAACCCCAUUGUUACGGCCUGAAUACACCCAGUAUAUCUAGAGUAGGUGGCGGCAAUGCUACAUGCUCUAUGAAAUUGGCAUUUUUGCAGACGUGGCUUUUCUUUGGAGCGCUUGCGGAGGCUCAUGCCGUCUGUAACCUCCCGAUCAUCCCCGACGAUUUCUCUGCAGACGUCUUUGACACAGCUCGUCGAAACGGUCUCCCUAUGCGGCUUUACUUUGCUUCGAAAGAAUCGGGCCACGCAGGAAGUAGGGCAUUAAAAGAGAAGUUGUAUGCGAUCAUCAGGCAAAUCCAACUUAUGAUCACUAGAGCCUCGGACUGGGAAGAUGAGCAUGACUAUACUCUGACUCAGUGUGAAGUCCUUUUCUCUAUCCAGAUACUCCUCCGCAUGCUCUCUCUCGCCCUUCUCUGUCACUCUCGUAGUCCUUUUCUUGACCUGGAAGACGACCUGAGCCUCUCUGUUGCGGAUCCGGUAGCGGACUGGAAACCAGAGGGUCAGAUGAGCAUGAUGAAAUUCACAGCCAACCGCUUGCUCGAGAAAGGCUGGUGUAGAAGUGAACUGUGGCAAAUCCUACAGAGCUUCGAUGUCUCGACUGCUGCCUACUAUCUGGACCGUCCUUAUGCGAUUCAAGGCCAUGACAGCUGCACCGAUACAACCUGCACGGCGUACCAGAUCAACGAAAGCUCAUAUAGCACCCUCCACAUUGACAGCAGCUGCAGCUGUGCUUUUAUCUCCGUCAAACCUGCUGAACUGCGAGACGUUCUUGCAAGAAACGCAAUCCCUAAAAUCGCCAUUACGGACGACUUGCAACUUUCAAUUGUUGACGAGGACGGGCUCGUCUACAUUGCCUUUAGCCACGUCUGGGCCGACGGGCUGGGCAACCCUUCCCAAAAUGCGCUCCCAAGCUGCCACAUCCGCCGUCUGCGAGACUUAGCCGUGGACCUAUGCAGCAAAUUUGAGCUGGUGGAGAAGCGCAAACCCAUGAGGGUAGCCAUCUGGAUGGACACGCUCUGCAUCCCAGUCGCCCCGGAGCUGAAAGAAUACCGAAAGUUGGCCAUCAGGCUGUUGGCACAAACCUACGCGGAAGCUAGGGGUGUACUCGUCAUCGAUCGUGAAUUGUGUCGCUUUGAAUCUGGCAAUGCAUCCAUCCUUGAACUGAGCAUUAGGCUUAUGUGCAGUGGGUGGCUCAAGCGGCUCUGGACGCUCCAGGAAGCGUCGCUCACGGGCCAGGAAGCAGCAAACGAAAGGCCUGGUGGUGCUCUAUACAUUCAGAUGGCAGAAGGACCUGCUCAUUGGCAUGGACAUGCUAAACGCUUCAUGUACAAACCUUUCAGCACCAGUAGGCCGACUCCUCGCAAACCCUCCCCACUUGCGGUCUCGGUUCAAGAAGCGAAAACGGACCUUGUAUACGGAAUGCAUCUGCUGACAGCCAUGGAAGACCGACUGCCGUCAGUUCGCACCAUACAAGAGCCGCGCUUCGACACGAGGUUCCAAAAGAUCGUGGCUGCAGUGCAGAACCGCUCCACGAGCAAACCCGAGGAUGAGCCCAUCUGCAUGGCAUCGCUACUGGCACUUGAUUUGAAGCAGAUACUAAGCGCGAAAGGUGUCGACGAACGCAUGAUGAAGUUUUAUCGACUGCUCCACGAGAUCCCAACUGCCAUAGUCUUCGCAGAAUUCGGGUUACCGGACUUUCUUUCCAGGAAUAUCACUAGCGCCCCGUAUCGGUGGGCUCCUAGGUCACUAUUGUCGCUGGAUCGGCCCAUGGAGAUCAAUAUCGCGCUAUCCGCAAUGAGGUUUGCGGAUCCUCCCUUGCCUUUGCUCGGGAAAUGUGAGGACGACGGACUCCACAUCGAGCACCCCGGUUUCCUCUUCGAGGACAUGGGACCCGUCACUUUUGCGCGCGAGACCGCGCUCCUCGAUACAGGUGAAGGGAGCCUAUACCGGUUGUCGCUGGCCUUGUCUGAUAGCUCACCACUGACCAUCGGCCCCGUGGAGCGUUGUGCAUUGAUUUUCAAGACUGAUAUCUGUUCCGAUGUCGCGAUCGUGGCUCUAGAAUCUGAGAGGGUUCUAGAAGCCGGGAUGUGCUUCUGCGUAGCAAUCCUCGGCCACGGUACGGUGACGCCCCAAUCUGCAAGCGAGCUUUCUGGGAGAGACGGAAGCACAGGGCUACAAGCUUUACGCGGAUGUUCUACUAAGAGGGAUCAGCAAUGGUGUAUCACUUGA